UUUCACACGGAUGGCGGAAGGGCAGGUGCAGCACCAAACCGAGCAGCACUAUCACAACAACCGUUAUCAGCGCAGAGGGGAGAAGGCUCACCGAGACUGCAGACAGGCCUGCAGAUACGCUUUCUGAUAGAGGAACACUAUCUUUAACCUUUUUGUCUGUCGGACAGUCCGGAGGCCCGUCGACAUGGCUCUGAACCAGAACCACUCGGAGUCCGGCGGAGUCAUCAUCAACAACAGUGAAAGUGUGUUGAUGAACUAUGAUAACGUGGAGCUGGUUUUCUGCGAUGCGGACAGUCUGCCUGAGGCCUUCAAAAAGAGCAAAAAGGGUAGCAUCUACCUAACUCCAUACAGGGUGAUCUUUGUGGCUAAAGGGCGGGAUGCACUGCAAUCUUUCAUGAUGCCCUUCUACCUAAUAAAGGGCUGUGAGAUCAAACAACCUGUACUGGGAGCCAAUUACAUCAAGGGUACUGUCAACGCAGAGCCUGGAGGUGGCUGGGAGGGCAAUGCUACGUUCAAGUUCGUCUUUGCUGCUGGAGGAGCUAUAGAGUUUGGCCAAUACAUGCUGCAGGUCGCAGCUCAGGCGUCAAGAGGUCAGCCAGUGACUCCUGGGUUUGGUGGAUGCCCCUACAUGGCCAACGGGGCCUAUGCUUACCCUCCUCCCCCUGCUAACGGGAUGUACCCUGCUGGACCUCCACCCGGCUACUCCUACCCCAACCCUCCUCCACCAGGUGGAUUUUACCCCAGCCCUCCAGCGUUUGAAUCCUCUGCGGCCUACAUACCUCCACCUCCUUACUCUGCUUCUCUAGGCCAGCAGCCCCCACAUGACCCAGACCUCCCCUCAUCAGCAGCAGCGGAGGCCAAAGCAGCCGAGGCAGCAGCAAGCGCCAGCUGUGCCACGCUGCCUCCUACACAUGUGUACCUGCCACAGGACAAGCCUCCACCCUACUCCCCUCCAGAGGACAAGAAGAACCAGUAGACCUGCUUGAUCUCAACCUCAUUCCUCUCCGUCUCCUGUUAUCUCUAUCCUACUGGAUCACCUCGUUUCUCAUUCCAUUAACACAGGAACAUCAGGAAGGCCAAAGUUUUCCUUUUUAAAACGACUUCCUCUUUCUCAUCGUCCCAGUUGCCUUCCAACUCAUCCCUAACCUCCUUUUUUCCCCUCAUUCCAUUGCUUUCCCACCUCAGCCUUUACCGCUGACAUUCCUUUUAAUGAUUCAUAUAUUGUAAUUGGCUUCUCUUCAAAAGCACCUUGAUGGAAAUUAGAAGUGUUGGUAGCAAUCUUUGAGAGAAAUGAGAAGAUUGUUGAGGCAGAAGUUGUCAGGAUUUGGGGCUUUUUUUUCAAUGUAGUUGACAAAAAAUAUUCUAACCUGACUAGCUACUUUAGCAUACAUUGCCUUGCAGGUGACCCAAGAAUCAUACCGCCACCCUAAACUUUAGAUUCAGCUAUGUUGUUACACUCAAUCCUAAUUUUCUACGACUGUCUAUUAAACUAGACUGAAUCUAAUGAUAAUUACUUUGCUAGUCUAUUGAAAGGCGAGCUGAAUGCAGUAUUUUAUUUUUCUAUUAUUUGUGUGUACAGGCUUUUAAUAUGUAGACUUUUCAAAAUGAGAUAUUUUCUCAAGAACACUAACCUAGAGAAAACCUAGCUUUUGUAAAGAGGAGUGGAUCGCAGUGAGGGUCUGGUCCGCUUCGACAUGUUUUAGCGGAUGAGAAGACCACAAAGAUUAGAGCAGCGUCGAGCCCCCGCAGCGAAUCCCUGAUCCCGGAUUAGAGCAGAGAGCGAGGGCGACCAGGGCCUGGAGGGACGGACUGCCAGGAGGGAUUAUCUUCAUAAUGUGCAAGAGCAGAGCAGUCACCCAGUGAUGUCACUUCCUGUUUUGUCAUGCCUCCGAACAUUCGAGAAAACAAAUGGUCAGACUCACCGCCAUCCUGCUUCACUUUCCAUUCCUCUAAUGUCCAUUUUAAACAUGACAGAAACAAAAGAGCAUUAGAGGAUUUUCUCACUGUUUCUACUUUCUGUGGUUGUGAUCUUAACUCUCUAGUUUGAGGUCAGUCUUAAAAUCUGAUCUGAGCACCUCAGUAUCUGAGCCUCGACUCUUCCUUCCUCUGUAGUCACUUAUCUAUAUACUGUAUCUGUGGCACAUCCGUGGCUGAUUCUUUGCACUUUCAGAAUGCUAUGCAUCGGGCUCCUGUUCGCUCUGUCAUGGCUGUGUGUAUAAUAUUAAUAAUAAUAAAGCUCUGUAUGUAUUUCAAACUAAUUUAUUGAAUAAUUCAUGUAAAAUGGCUCAAGUAAGAAAAACAAAGCAUGAUCUCAACUGAUGCAUGUAUGCAUUGGAUUGGAUUUUAUUAAAUGGAGCUUGAUUGGUGUGAAACGGAAA